AUGGCUUCUCCCUUGUUCUUGUGCAUCCUCCUGGUCGUAUUUGGCAGCUACCUUUCCACCAUUUCUGCUGUAGGCAACGGUAAGCAAAGCUUCGUUGUGGUGUCAACCAGGUCAUUUCAGACACAAGAUGUUUGCUCCACCUCCAGAUCCACAGUGGCGCCGCGGCCAAACGGCGCCGCUGUGCCGCUGGUGCACAGGCACGGACCCUGCGCCAAGUCGCCGUCCACCGACAAGCCAUCAUCUUUCGUCGAGGCGCUUCGCAGAAGCCGCGUCCGCGCAGACUACGUCAUGAGCACCAUGCAGAUGCAGGACCAGGAGGAGGGCGAGGUAAGCAUCCCGGCGCAUCUGGGCACCUUCGUGGACUCGCAGGAGUACGUGGUGACGUUGGGUCUGGGCACGCCGGCCGUGGAGCAGGUCCUCCUCCUGGACACCGGCAGCGACUUGUCGUGGGUGCAGUGCGCGCCAUGCAACUCCAGCGACUGCUACCUUCAGAAGGAUCCCUUGUUCGACCCGCGCAAGUCCUCCACCUAUGCUCCCAUUCCCUGCGGCUCUGACGUCUGCAAGAUCCUCCAGUCCGAUCACCACUUGAACAAUGGCUGCAGCAUGAACGGCAAUGGCACCCAGUCCCAGUGCGGGUAUCGAGUCGAGUACGGAGGAGGGUCAAAGACCAGCGGCGUGUACAGCAACGAGGCGCUCACGUUGGCGCCCGGCGUCAUCAUCAAGGACUUCCAUUUCGGCUGCGGCGGCACCGGGUUCCUCGCCCUCGGCGCGCCCAGCAACACCUCGGGCUUCUCGUUCACGCCCAUGACCCACUUCAUGGAUGACGCCACCUCCUACCUGGUGAAGCUCACCGGCAUCAGCGUUGGCGGGAAGCAGCUCCGCAUCCCACGAAAGGUGUUCGAGGGGGGCCUGAUCGUGGACUGCGGCAAUAUCAUCUCACAUCUGCCAACGACGCCCUACGCGAAACUGCAGUCCGCGUUCCGGGGGGCCAUGGCGGCUUACCCGCUCAUCCCGAGCGACGACGGCGACACAUGCUACAACUUCACCGGAUACAGCAACGUCACCGUGCCAAAGGUCGCUCUCACCUUCACCGGCGGUGUCACGGUUGACCUCGAUGUCCCCAACGGGCUUCUGUUGGAUGGUUGUCUGGCCUUCGCCGAGUCUGGGCCAGAUGAUUAUGUCGGGUUCCUCGGCAAUGUCCAAAUGAGAACGUUGGAGAUGCUGUACGACGUUUGGGGUGGUAGACUCGGAUUCCGGGCAGCUGCCUGCUGA